AUGGACGACGACGAAGACUACGACUCGCCUUCACCUGUCCUGGACGCUUUCAUCAAGACAAGAGGUCCAGCUGUCGUACACGAGCUCACCAACUUCUCCCUUAGUGAGUUCAACCUGGUUUGGAAGGACCUGCAGUCCAGUGUCAGUCAAGAACGGAACGUCGGCUCAGGUGAGGUGUCUGGCCGGGACAUGCUCUUCAUGACCCUAACAAGCAUGAAGCACUGUGGCUCGUGGGACGUGGUGUCUGUGGUCUUCAAGGAGAAGUCGCCAACGUUUUCAAAGCGCGUUAACACCUUCCUCGCUGCCAUCCACCCCACCUUACGGGCCAAGUAG